AUAACUUUUAUUUGACAAUACGAAUAAAUAUCUAAAACCAUUAACAUCUAAGAAGUACAAACUGCAGUAUGAAAUGAAAAGCCAGUAUUUGAUGUAGCAAGUAAGUCUAUCGCAGACCCCAGUAAUUACCACCACGUGAGCCCACUGUGAGCCUCAACACUGCAGUCUACACUGCAACUUACACUGCAAGGAGAGACUCAAGUGACCACCACCAUUAGAUUUCAGUUGGUUCAGCUCACAGUAGUGAAAAGGACAGUACUGAAUCCAGUUAUGACAGUGUAGCAAUCAGGCAUCACAACAAUUCACACUAAAACUAAGGUUGAGUCCAAUUCAACAUGGCAGACAAAUUAAGCCAGAUGACAUAGAUGGACUGGUUCAGGCAAAGCAGCGGUCUGGCACUCAGUCUGCAAUAAGGGAUAACAUGGUCAAAAUCAUUUCCAGGGAUUAACCCUCCUACAUUAUCACACCAGUUUAGGUUACCUUGCUCACUCUGAGACCCUGGUUAAAGGAGGAGACACUGGGACGAUCAGCAGGCCGAACACUCUGGCUCAGACAAGGGGGAGACAAAGACUGAAUUUCCCAAAGGAUUACAUGAUUAUAUUAGUGACAGGCCUACAGUCAAACAAACAAAAGCAGCUAUCUGUGGCCUAUCUCUUCAACAUGGAGCACACAUACAGAGCAUAGAUCAGUCAGGAUCAGUCAGGACACAGCAUCACUACAACCCUAGAUCUCCCUUACCUGCACACACCAAGCAGGAAACACUGUAACCCUACCUACAGAGGGCAGUGUUCUCUACAUGUCCCCCUUCACAUACUGUAAAGCACCAUAAAAUGGAAAAAAAUUAAAUAAAGUAAAAGUAUUUGUACUUAAGUAGGCCUACAGUGCUUGAGUAUGUGUAGUUAUAGUGACAUUCAGUGUUGGGAAGGUUACUUUUGAAAUGUAAUAGGUCAUAUAUUAAUAGUUACCCUGCUCAAAUGUAAUAAGUUAUGUUAAUUAACUAUUUUAAUUACAUCAUCAAAGUAAUGCAACUUGUUACAUUUAAUUACUUUUCUAUUACUGCUGUAACAAAUGUUUUAAACUGAUGCAAAGCCACAGAAUAAAUGUUAUUUGUAAUAACUAACAUAUUUUUCUCAGUAACUGUAACUGAUUACAAUGUCAUUUAUUUUGUAAUUUAGUUACAUGUAACUUUACUCCCCAGCACUGGUUCACUACCUCCAAACAUCAGUGUUAUUCAGUAAACUUUCUGUCUCUGCCAUUUUGUUUUCAUCCUGAUCGGCCUGUUGGUUUUUGAUGACAUUUUCCAAACUGUAGCCAAACAGGUAAAACCAACCUGCGCUUCAAUAAUUCAUUUGGCGCUGAAUAAAUUAUUGAAAUAUGCGCGUCAAUCAGCUGCUGCCGUCGGAAAGAAAAAACUAGCAGGAGCUCGUCUUUGUUCCACCAAUAGGAGACAGGGAUCCCUGACUCCUGCAGAGCUUCAGCCAAUCAGAGCAGCACUUCCUCCAUUUCCUGUUGUGGGCUCGGGAGUUGGACAGCAUUCCUUUGGACCUGAUGUGAAUUAAACAGCACAGCCGGAAUGUGCAUGAGUGACUUUACUUUUCUUCUUCAGUGGUGUUUGCUCAUGACAGAGCCUCAUAUCAGGGGCCUCGGACAUGGCAGGUAUCGGCUGUUGCACCUGAUGUCAUGUCGCGUGCGCUGAUAUUCCCUUGACAACCGCGGAUCAGAUACCAAUAUUCAGGGGCCAUCAUGCCCAUCACGCUGCUGUGGGCCGUGGAUGUGUACGGCCGGGUGUACAGUCUCUCCACAGCCGGCCAGCGCUGGGAGCGGGCAGACGACCUGCUGCUGGAGCUGAAGCGUGUCACAGCGGGGAAGGGGCGCUGCUGGGGCAUCGGCUGCGACCACCACGUUUACCUCAACAUGAUGCCCAGCGAGACUCCCAUACGCUACAGGGAGGAGACCUAUGAAAACCAGAGAUGGAACCCAGUGGACAGCUUCACUGACACACUGCUGCCCACCGACCGCUGGCCGUGGAGCGACGUGACCGGGAUGAAUCCUCAGCCGCUCCACAGCUUUGAGCUGCCGUCCCGCAGCUGGGAGUGGGAGGGAGACUGGUAUGUGGAUCAGAGCUGUGGAGGGGAGCCCAGUCAGACUGGGGGCUGGGAGUAUGCAGUCGACUUCCCGGCCAACUUCUCUCCAGACAAGAAGUGGAAUUCCUGUGUUCGUCGCAGGCGGUGGAUCCGCUACAGGAGAUAUAUAGCACAAGGCACCUGGGCAAAGAUCCCUCUGGACAGUCCCAGGAAGCCUCCACUGCCACUCUGUGACAUAAGCUGUGGUGGCUGGGAGAUGAGCGACCAGUCUGGAAGGUAUCCCUACCUCUGGGGUGUGACCCAACAAGGACAGGUGUGGUUCAGGGAGGGCAUCCACCCUCGGGUCCCAGAGGGCACCAGCUGGGAGGAAGUAGAAGUGCCCAAAGAGGUGGCUCAGUUAUCAGCAGGCCCAGGAGACCUGCUGUGGGCUUUACUGUGGGACGGGAACCUGCUAGUCCGCACUGGCCUCACCCUGGACAGCCCGACUGGCACAUCGUGGGUGGAGGUGGAAUCACCAGGAAAGGACGUUGAAGCGCUUCAUGUGGCUGUUGGAGUCAGCGUGGUCUGGGUGGUCACUAAAGACUAUAAGGUGUGGUUCAGACGUGGCGUCAACUCCCACAACCCCUGUGGCUCCGGCUGGAUCAGCAUCGGAGGGGAGAUGAUAACGGUGGAUGUCGGACUCAAUGACCAGGUGUGGGCGGUAGGUGAGGACCGCGGCCUGUAUUUCAGAAUGGGCGUGACGCUGUCUGAACCAAGCGGGAACGGCUGGAUUCCUGUUUCUGCCGAAUGGGGCAACAGUAAAGAGGUUAUCCCACCCAGGAAGGAGCGUGAGUUUGGUGGCCAGCUGACGGAUGCCUCACAAGGCUCAGUCCUGAGCUGCACCGACUCAGACUCAGAGUUAGGUCCAGCUGAUCCAGAAAACAGCACUAAAGAUGCCCCAGUCCUGGAGGCAGCAGCCCCCUCUGUCGUCCCCUUAGGGGGAGCAGACUCACCUUCACCUCCCCUGAAAACAGAGGACGCUCCCUCAGCUUCCCAACAGGACGCCCCCAAACCAUUCAUCCCUGCGAGCGACAGCUUCAUCAACAGCCUGGUGUCUGACCGUGACAAAACCUCCACGCCCCAGCUGUCCAUCGCAGAGGUACCACUUGAAGAGGUCGAGGAGCCGUCCCCAGCCCCGAUACUCCAGACCCCUGAGACCGCAGGACACGAUGUUCCCUGGAUGAACGUGGAUCUGGAGGGAGCAGAGGCAGCUCGGUGUGCGCAGGCGUUGGGGUCUUCGUCAGGUGAUGGCGGUGCUGCUGCCACGUAUGCCCUGGGGACGCUGGAGACCUCUCAGGGUGUUGGAGAAGAGGACGGGCCAGUGUGGGCCUGGAUCUCUGGUGGAGGCUGUGAUGUGGACGCGGAUUCACACAUCAGCUGGCUUAGUCCCACAGGUCCUCUCACCAGCUCCCUGUCGCUGACUCCAGUGCAGUCAGCAGCCUGGAGCGAACAGCAGCAGCAGGAGCACAGAGAGGAGAUCAGCAAGAAACCGCUGGAGAGAAGCAAUUCGGUGUGGGUGCGUAAAGGUGCGCUGCGCUGGUGGAGAGACUGGAAGCCUCAGCGCUGGGUGGAUGUGGGUGUUGCUCUGGAGCAGUCCACCAAGUCUGACGGCAAGAAGGACAGCAUUUUCUUUGUCUACUACACACAGUACGAUGAGAAGAAGUACCUCCAUGUGUUUAUAAAUGAAGUGACGGCGCUGGUUCCAGUGCUCAGGGACUGCCACUAUGCCUUUGCUGUGUACACCACCCAAAGGACCAAACAGAGGUGGCCUCUGGUACUGGCAGCACAAACAGAAAAGGACAUGAAUGACUGGUUGUGCCUGUUGUCUGACUGUUGCUGUGAGUGUCGAGGGAUCACAGGUCCCCCGUCCAGGCACGCCCUGUGGUCUACAACCUCAAAGGGAGACAUCAUGGUCCAUGAGCCGUCCUUCUCCCUGGAGGCUCCUGCACACACUCUGCCCUGUGACCACAUGUUCUGGCGGCAGGUCCCGGGUCACCUGCGCUGUGUAGAGUCUAACAGUCUGGGGCUGGUGUGGGGCAUCGGGUGUGACGGCACUGCCUGGGUCUACAGUGGGCGCUAUGGGCAACAGCCCACCCCGGAAGAUGCAGUUCCGAUGCAUCAGCAGACUGAUGUCAGGAGCGUUCACGUGUAUGAAAAUCAAAGGUGGAACCCGAUGACGGGAUAUACGGACAAAGGACUUCCUACAGACCGCCCCAUGUGGAGUGAUGAGAGCGGAUUGAAGGAGUGCACCAAAGGCAACACACACCCGCCCUCCCCUCAGUGGUCCUGGGUGUCUGAGUGGGCUGUGGACUACAACGUCCCUGGAGGGACAGACAAAGAAGGCUGGCAGUACGCUGCAGACUUCCCUGUGACGUUUCAUGGCCACAAAACCAUGAAAGACUUUGUGAGGCGCAGGAGAUGGACGAGGAAGUGUAAGAUCACACUGAGAGGUCCGUGGCAGCAGGUCCCUCCCAUCCGUCUGAGUGACAUCUCUCUGAUGCCAUGCCUGGCCCAGAGCAGGAUGGAGCAUGUCCCCGUGUGGGCCCUCAGUGACAAGGGAGAUGUCCUGUGUCGCCUGGGGGUCAGCCCCCAAAACCCUGCGGGCAGCUCCUGGCUACACGUGGGCACAGACCAGCCUUUUAAGUCUAUCUCCAUCGGCGGAGCCAACCAGGUGUGGGCCAUCGCCAAGGACGGAGCUGUGUUCUACAGAGGCUCCGUCUCCCCACAAAACCCUGCAGGAGAAUGCUGGUACCACAUCCCGUCUCCCCUCAGGCAGACUCUCAAACAGCUGUCUGUAGGCAGGACCUCUGUCUUUGCUGUGGAUGAAAACAGUAACUUGUGGUACAGACAGGGCCUCACGCCCAGCUACCCUCAGGGCUCUGCCUGGGAGCCCAUCUCUAACAACGUCACCAAGGUCUCUGUGGGACCACUGGACCAGGUGUGGAUCAUAGCAGACGGAGUUCCAUGUUUCCCCUCUGAGACUACUGGAGCUGUUUGUCACAGGCUGGGGGUGGGACCCAUGCAACCAAAGGGACAGCUCUGGGACUAUGGGAUAGGGGGAGGAUGGGAGCACAUCAGUGUGAGGGGGAACUCAGCAGAGGCUCCUCGCACCCCCCACCAUGCUCCCGUGGGAUCCCCACGCAGCCCGCUCCCCCCACGGCCUCCCACACAGGUGAACGGGAACGCCGUGGGUGUGUAGCCUCACACCUCCUCCUCCUUUUCCCCCUCCUUCUCCGCCCCAGCCCUGUUUGUGCCUGGAUCCACAUUUGUCUGCUCAGACCAUUCCCACAGGCCCUUAUCCCUUCAUGUAAGGGGAAUGCACAAUCAUAUCACUGAGUUGAAACUGUAAUGUUACGGUUGGAUUUGACACUUGAUCGAUGGAUGAAUGUUCCUCCCCUGGCUCGUUUACCGGGGCGGAUAUCGUGUCAGAAUGCAGUGACGACAACACAGAGAAGGGAGCACAAGAACAUUUAAUGGAUCUUGACGUCUUGUGGGAUGAGGAUUAAAGAGUGAGUGCAUGUGUUUGCUCUUACUAGGCUUUGGCUACCGGGUGUUUUGGGAUCUAGCAAUAGCUUUUAUUCUUCUAUACAAUAUCCUGUGAAAACCGAAGAGGGCGGGACUACGACAAAGGGCUAAGGCUUGGGUACUAAACUUGUCUUCAAACACGCAACCCCACUGUAGCCGAAACUGUCUUUCUAGAAUCUUGUUUUUGUUUUUAUUGCCUGUCCUACAAUUGCAUGGGAUUUAAAUUAUUUAUUUAUUUAUGCAUUUGUUGAAUUUUGUUUCCCCAUACGUGUUGGCCUAUUAUAUGUUUGCAAUGGAGUGUUUUUUGCCCAUGUUGCUACGACAAGCCUUUCAAAUUCUGACAGCUUUUUCAAAAGGACCGGCAAAAUUUGAGAUCUUCAUACCUCAGUAAAAUAUAAUGCUCUUUAAUUACAAGCAGAGAAAAAUGUGGAAAAUUCAGUCUGCAUCACCAGAUGAUACCUCUCUACCCUCCUGCAAUAAGGAACGUUCUUCCUGUCAGUAUUAUAUCCAUCUACAUAACUGCUUUGACCAUGACACAUGACCGUGACUGUUGAAAUUCCACAGCAGGUCCGAAUGUCACCAAAACUCGACAUUCAUCUUACCAAGGGCAUUGAGAUGUGAAAUAAAAAUCUAAAACUA